CUCCCAUCUCACCUUCAUCUCUGAAUCUCCUUCCUCUCUCUCUUCAAUCUUUAUACAGAGAGAGAAAGAGAGAAUCAAGAAUUCUUCAAUGGCGGUCUCGAAGAAGUUGAUUUCCAUCUGUUCCUUGCUGAUUCUUCUUCUACUUGUUGUUUUCAUUGGAGCUAUUGUGAGAGUACAGAAAGACAACAUUUCUCAUAGAGGUGGAGAAACAGAGCAGUUACAGAGCUCCAAUAACUCAACCAUGGCAGAAUUACGGUUGGAUGAGGAUUUGACUUUGAAUGAACAUGCUGUGGAGGACCCAGAAGAGAUUGUAGCCAUGGUUGAAAUGGCAAUCAAGAACAGUACUGAGAGGAGAAAAUUAGGUUACUUCUCAUGUGGAACAGGAAACCCAAUUGACGACUGCUGGCGGUGCGACACAAACUGGCACCGCAACAGAAAGCGUUUGGCCGACUGCGGCAUUGGGUUCGGUCGCAACGCCAUCGGAGGUCGAACCGGAAGAUUCUACAUAGUAACCGACCCAAGUGACAACGAUCCAGUAAACCCACGUCCUGGAACACUCAGACACGCAGUCAUCCAAGAUCAACCCCUUUGGAUUGUCUUCAAACGUGACAUGGUGAUUACUCUGAAGCAAGAACUCAUAAUGAACAGCUUCAAAACAAUCGAUGCUCGUGGAGUUAAUGUCCAUAUUGCUAAUGGAGCUUGUAUCACAAUUCAAUAUAUAACCAACGUGAUUAUCCAUGGUCUUCAUAUUCAUGAUUGUAAACCAACAGGAAAUGCAAUGGUUAGAAGCUCUCCUAGUCAUUUUGGGUGGAGGACAAUGGCAGAUGGAGAUGCUAUUUCUAUAUUUGGAUCUAGUCAUAUCUGGAUUGAUCAUAAUUCUUUGUCUAGUUGUGCUGAUGGAUUAGUUGAUGCUGUGAUGGGUUCCACUGCAAUUACCAUUUCAAAUAAUCAUUUUGCUCAUCAUAAUGAGGUGAUGUUGUUGGGUCAUAGUGAUUCUUAUAUUAAAGACAAACAGAUGCAGGUCACAAUUGCUUAUAAUCAUUUUGGAGAAGGCCUUAUCCAAAGAAUGCCAAGAUGUAGACAUGGAUAUUUCCAUGUGGUGAAUAAUGACUAUACCCAUUGGGAGAUGUAUGCAAUUGGUGGAAGUGCUGAACCAACCAUCAAUAGUCAAGGAAAUAGAUACUUAGCUCCUGGAAACCCAUUUGCUAAAGAGGUGACAAAGAGGGUGGAAACAUCACAAGGGCAAUGGAAGAAUUGGAAUUGGAGAUCAGAAGGAGAUUUAUUGCUUAAUGGAGCAUAUUUCACUCCAUCUGGUGCUGGAGCAUCAGCCAGUUAUGCAAAAGCUUCAAGUUUGGGGGCUAAAUCUUCAUCAAUGGUAGGUGCCAUAACUUCUGGUGCAGGUCCUCUUGGAUGUCGCAGGGGACACCAGUGUUAGUUCAUUAGUUAGCAGAAACACCAACACGAAAAGAGGUCAAUUUCGAAGUCAGUUAUUAGUCUUCUUUCAUUGAUUAUUGAAUAUUGUCACAUAGCAUCAUAUACCCAUCUUUAUGUGUCUAUUUUUACGAGAAUUGUCGCGCAACCUCGGCUAGCUUCAAUUCAGAAAACAGACAAAUUAUACUGUAAUUGAUCAAUAGGAGCUGGCGCAGAAGCGUUGUUCGAUAUCUUACCUUUUUUUUUAAUUAAUUCAUCUUGUUUUUAGUUGUGUUGUAUUGUGUUGUGUUCUGUUGUCAAUACAAGAAGAUACUAUAAUUGUGUGAA